GGGGUUAGCGCGCGAAGGGAGGGAGCAGCAGGGAAGUGACUAGUGCCAGGACAGGCACACGGGAGAGUCCUAAAGUUACCCGGAACAGGAGACUAACUCCUGAAGGGCUGCUAUAUUUCGGGACGUUUUGGCGCUGUUAGUACGAAAACAAAAACGUGUAGGAGGCGAAAGGUUGCUGCAGCACAUCGUGCUCGGCUGAUCGUGCACUUGUUUUUUCACACUAGCUCCAUUUCGGUUGCACAAGAAACCGAGGCGGCUGCGGAGUUAAAGCAGAAGUUUGCGCCUGCCCGCGGCUUCAGCUCUGCAGGAAUGUCGCAGAAAGAAAGAACCAAGUUUUAUCUUCAGGAGGUUAAUAAAACCGUUUGGGAAGUCCCGACACGCUACCAGAACCUCUCUCCAGUUGGCUCGGGUGCAUACGGAUCUGUGUGCUCAGCAGUUGAUGAGAAGACAGGAUUGAAAGUUGCUGUGAAAAAACUCUCAAGGCCAUUCCAGUCCAUUAUCCAUGCCAAAAGAACCUACAGAGAGUUGCGGCUUCUCAAGCACAUGAAACAUGAGAAUGUAAUAGGCCUGCUGGAUGUAUUCACACCUUCCACCAGUUUGGAGGAGUUCAACGACGUGUACCUGGUGACUCAUCUGAUGGGUGCGGACCUAAACAAUAUUGUAAAAUGCCAGAAGCUCACAGAUGACCAUGUGCAGUUUCUUAUCUACCAGAUUCUUCGAGGGCUUAAGUACAUUCAUUCAGCAGACAUUAUUCAUAGAGACCUAAAGCCUAGUAAUUUGGCUGUGAAUGAAGAUUGUGAACUUAAGAUCCUUGAUUUUGGCCUGGCACGGCAUACUGAUGAUGAAAUGACCGGAUAUGUGGCCACCAGGUGGUACCGUGCUCCGGAAAUCAUGCUCAACUGGAUGCACUACAACAUGACAGUGGAUAUUUGGUCUGUUGGCUGCAUCAUGGCCGAGCUGCUGACAGGGAGAACGCUGUUCCCUGGCACCGACCAUAUAAACCAACUACAGCAGAUUAUGCGACUGACAGGAACUCCCCCUGCCUCUCUAAUAAGCAGGAUGCCUAGCCAUGAGGCCAGGAAUUAUAUUAAUUCUCUGCCACAGAUGCCUAAAAGGAAUUUUGCUGAUGUAUUUAUUGGGGCCAAUCCACUGGCUGUGGACCUCCUCGAGAAGAUGCUGGUUUUGGAUACAGAUAAACGAAUAACUGCAGCUGAAGCUUUGGCUCAUACAUACUUUUCUCAGUAUCAUGACCCAGAUGAUGAACCAGAAGCAGAGCCUUAUGACCAGAGCUUUGAGAGUCGGGAACUAGAGAUUGAUGAGUGGAAACGUCUGACUUAUGAGGAAGUCAUCAAUUUCGAGCCACCUGCCUUUGAUGUGGAUGAAAUGGAGUCAUGAGAACGUACAGGACGGGAACUUCAGCAGACUUUCAGCUAUGUUUGUUAGCACUGUACUGUUCUCUAAUCAGACCGACAGUAUGAUUUUUAAGUGCCUGCCACUUUAUUUUCUUUGUUGUAGUCUUUUAAAAAUGUUUUGUAUAUAAAACAUGGCAUCUACUGAAUUAGGGAGCAAAACACAUUUAAGGCGAAAAAAAAAAGUGGCACAUUUCAUGAGAGUUGUAAAAGAAACCUUCAAUAGAAUUUGGGAGCAUUUGUCCUUACAAAUCUGACAUUUUUUUCAUUUAUUUGUCAGGUAAAUGGAAGGACAUGCUAACAUUUUAUGUUCACACACACUUUGAUAAAACAACAAAAAAACAUCUCACCUGGAAACCAAGGAAAAUAAAUUAUUUAUUCUUAAUUACAUUAUGUCCCAUUACAAACCCUUUAACACUGGAAAAAUUUUGUUCAUAUUUGUAAGAUGGAAUUUUAUCCAAAGACAACGCAGUAUUAGUAUCAUAAUAGGAUAUAAUUGAAAUCUGCUUCAAUAUUUUUCUAAUUAAUUAGUUCAUUGCUACUGCUAUUUAUAGUGUUAGUACCUAAAUAGAAGGGAACAAACACUCCUGCCAUCAAUGUCUUAUUUGACAUUUCCUGAAUAACUUGCUGGGAAUAAAACUAGACCCUCGACUGAUUUUGACCCCUUGUAGUUUUAGAUAUAAAAUAUAUUUAAAAAAAAUUCUCUGCUACUAGGAUUUUAUUUUAUAACAAGGUACUGAGAUCUGUGACACAUGUAGCUGAGCUCAUGUUUUGUUGGACAGUUCAGUGCAUAUGCAUUAACUUACAGUCUGUGGCUUUGUUAGAGUUUUUUGGCAAUCCAGUGGAGACCCCUGUAUAAUUCUUCCAAAAUUUAGCUAAAAAAUAUUUUGAUGUGUGCCAUUUAGAUAAAUUCAAAGAAGCUUGAGUGACUCUGCCAUUAUAUGGAAGACUUUAUUGGCACCAGUGAUGAGUUUAUUCUUGUAAUCUAUUUCAUCUUCUGUUAUAUAUUUUAUAUGUUCACUCUUCUAAGCUGUCCGUGUGCAAGACUGUAAGAGAGAAAGGUAGAGAGAAUGUGACUGCAUGAUGUGAAUGGGUUUUCUUGUGUUUUUGAGCUGUCAUUUAGGAAAUUCUGAAAUGAAUGUCAAUAUUGUACCAGUGUGAGAUAUUUAUAUACUGCAGAGGUGAUCUUAACUGGAGUGACUGCUUCUGUCUGCUUUAUUUCCUACACCAGACUGUAGAGAAAAUAAUCAAUAAGCAUUGUUUAUUAAAGAAAAUAAAGGCAGAUAUUUUUCAGAGA